AUGCAUAGAAAGAAUGGACAGUUUGCAUCCUUGAAAGAAAGUUCAGGUGGUUCAAGUUGGGAUUCUACACAAAGUUGUCUUCAUGAUGGCACUCCUCGUCCCGAAACUGUCAUCCGAAGGUGUCAGCAUUGUGGUGUUGGUGAAAACAAUACUCCUGCAAUGCGUCGUGGGCCAGCUGGACCAAGGACUUUAUGUAAUGCAUGUGGGCUCAUGUGGGCAAACAAGGGAACAUUGAGAGAUCUCAGUAAGGGGGGAAGGAACCUUUCCAUAGAUCAAAAUGAGCCUGAAACCCCAGUUGAUGUCAAGCCUUCAAUUAUGGAAGGGGAAUUCUCUGCCAACCCGGAUCAGCAUGGAAGUCCAGAAGAUCUUUCAAAAGCUCUCACUGAAAGACCAAGUAAAGAUUUGCACGGAGCUGCUAAUGAAGUCACGAACUCGUUACCCAUGACAAUUGUACACUCCUCUGCUGAUGAUGAUGAGCAGGAACCCUUGGUUGAGCUUGCAAAUCCAUCAGAUACAGAUAUAGACAUUCCUUCUAGUUUUGAUUAGGAGGAAAAGAUUUGCUUUGCUUCAUUCAGGGCAGUUGGGAGUGUUAUCAGUGACUUGUGUUGUCAUGUUACUCACAGGUCAAAAUUAAAAAGUGAACGGUACUUUUUACGAAUUGUGAGUGAUAACUCAAAACUGCCCAGAAAAUGAGUCCCAAGUAAAAAGACGGUGUUGUGACUGGCGAAGACACACACUGCUUUCAGCUGGCACUGGAUACAUGUUGUUGAUGUAAGUUGCUGUGUUCUUGUUUGUGUACACAAUCUAAGAAAAGAUGAUUCAUAGUAUGUUCAUGGUUCUAUAUAAUAGAUGUCAUUUGUUCACUAGGUAGAUUCUGAUCCUGUGCAAAUGCUUGUUUGUUAUUGACCUUAGUUAAACUAAAUAGAUGCAGCUGACGUAUGUGACUCUGAUGUGGUAAGGCUGAGCCAGAGAAGUACUUGUUAAAUGCAUAUUGAGAUUAAUUGGA